AUGGAAUCACCAAACAACGCAGAAUUCCCACAAGAUGUAAUUGCUGUGAGGCAGCGGCUCUUUUCACUUCAAACAGUUAAAAAUCCGGGAAGAUUAUUUCAUUCUUGUCUGAUGGGAUCUGAGAAGGACAAAACCAACAUGUUCAAAUGGACUGAUCGGUCAGUUGUUGAGGAAAUUGAAGACUUCCAGGAACUGGUUAACGUGCUACUCAUUGACAAUUCCCAGUUUCAGAAUUCAUUGACAGCUUGUGAGACCAUGCUGAAACGCCAGGAGAGUAGAAUUGAAGAAAUGGAAGAUGUGAUUGGACGUUGUGAAGAGAAGACCAUCGAAUGCAUUAGGGAAUUAAGGUUCAUAAUAGCUGUGUUUGUGUUUUGUUUGGUGAUGGUCUUCAUGUACCUUACCUAUGCAUGA